UCGAGAAAACCAAGUGUGGCAUUUGUUAUGAAGAACCCAUUGAUUCUUUUCCCCCUUUAGCUGCCACUGGUUUUUGACUCUCUAUCCCACCAUAUAGAGAUCCACCGACCCCUUUCUCUACCUCAACCCAUCUACACUUCUACGCGCAAGUAUACAGAAACUAUGACACCUACAAGGAAAGCUUGGGUUGUGGCUGCCGCUAUUGGUGCUGUGGAAGCACUCAAAGAUCAAGGUAUUUGCAGGUGGAAUUACACUGUAAGGUCUAUACAACAAAAUGCCAAGAACAAUAUUAGGUCGUUUGCCCAAGCCAAGAUGCCUUCUUCUUCUUCUGGUUCUGGGUCUUCAUCAACAACAGCAGCAAAUGGGAGUAGGAAUGCUAAAAGUAGGUUGAAGAGAAGGGAGGCUUCUUUGGAGAAAGCAAUGACUUUGAGCUGCUGGGGACCCAGCACUGCAAGAUUUUAGUGGCCAUAUUCAAAUUGAAUUUAUGGUAUCCGUUAAUUGAUUUUCUAGUAACGAUUAUCAAUUUUGAUCAGGUCAUCAUGCAUAAUGAAAGAAAUUAUAUAUCCUAGUGGGAUUCUGUGUGUUAAUCAACG